AUGUUAAAUUCUUGUGUUACAGCACGCAGGGAAAAUGCUUCAGUUGUAUUUAGUGAUUUUAAAGUUACACCUGAUCCUGUAGAAAUACCUGGAAAUCUAACAGUAUCUGGCGCUGUUGUAUUUAAAGAAGCUAUAAGUGGUAAUGUUUCUCUGGAACUGGCUAUUAAUAGAUCUAUGGGGUUCUUUGAUUUAACUUUACCAUGUAUUAAUCAUCUAGGCAGUUGUAAAUAUGACGAUGUAUGUACCAUAUUGGAUCAAGGCAAUGCUUCAUUAGGUUGCGCACCUCAACUGAAAGAAAAUGGUUUUCCGUGUCAAUGUCCGUUUUUAAAUGGAACCUACGAUAUAAAUCAUACAAUAUUUGUUUUACCGGAAGUGAAGGGUAUUUGGAAACAAUUUGCUAAGGGUGAUUAUGCUAUAUCAUUAAAACUGGUAGAUGAAGAUGCUGGAGAAAUACUCGGAUGUCAAGAAUUAACCUUUUCUCUAGAUGAACCUCAUCCAGAAGGUGUCACACCAAAACCAUGUGAUUGGCUGUGUAAAUUGAUUGGAUAA